AUGCGAUUAAAAUUAUCCUUGAAUGAUGCUUGUAUUAUUGCCAAAGUCCGUGGUGGAUCAUGCCUUUCAGAUAAAUUUAUCAAUGGCAAGUCACCAUUAUUAUGGCGUUGUGCCAUAGGACAUGAAUGGAAUGCUUGUUUUACUAGUGUAGUAUAUAAAAAAACCUGGUGUCCAUAUUGUGCGGGCUUUGGUGGAGUUAGACUUACUCUUGAGGAUACUAGAAAAAUUGCAUGUGAUAGAAAUGGAGAAUGCCUUUCCAAAAAAUUUAUCAAUGCUAAUUUGCCAUUAUUAUGGCGUUGUAGCAAAGGUCACGAAUGGAAUGCCCGUUUUUCUAUUGUAAAAAAUCAAAAUUCAUGGUGUCCAUUCUGUUGUAAAUAUAAACGUGAAAAAAUAUGUCAUGGAAUUGUUUCCAAAUAUCUUGGACCACCAUCUUCUAUACGCAGGCCCGAUUUUCUUAAAACAUUGGAACAUCCAACAGGAUUAGAACUUGAUAUUUAUUAUCCAGAAUUUGGAUUCGCGAUAGAAGUGCAAGGAAAACAACAUAAACAUUAUAUUAGACAUUUUCAUCGAACCCCAGAAGGGUUUAAUAAAAUGUUAGCACGAGAUCAGCUCAAAAAAGAACUUUGCGAAGAGAACAAUAUUUAUUUAUUUUAUAUUUGGUAUGAUGACAAAGACCCUCAAGAGACUAUCCGAAAAGAACUUUACAACUUGGGACUUAUUGAUUAA